GCGAAGAUAAGCAAACACGUCAACGAAGCUGCUGUCCAGGUUAUCUGUGAAGAUUCCCCCCUGUGGGAGGUGAGGACUGCCAUGAACAACUCUCUGGAGAACACUGUCUCAUUUGAAGAAUAUGUGCGUCUGAAAGCACGCAGUGUGCCACAGCACCGCAUGAAGGAGUUCCUGGAGUCGCUGGCUAAUAAGGGCCCUGAGGCACUGCAAGAGUUCCAGCAGGGUUCCACAACCAUGGUGUAUCAGCAGGGAACCAACUGCAUCUACACCGACAGCACAGAGGUUGCGGGGUCCCUCCUCGAGCUGGCCUGCCCGGUGCAAGUGCAGGUCCAACAGUCACCUCAGCAGCAGCAGCAACAACAACAGCAGCAGCAGGUGACAUCAGCACAGCUCUCCCCCCAGCUAACAGCGGCAGUGCACCAGGCCUCUGAGCAGCAGAUACAAGUGCAGGUGCAGAUCCAGGGGCAGCAGCAGCCCCAGACAGUGGGGCAGGUUCUGCAGGUGCCCAGCCCCUCCCAGCAGCAGCAGCAGCAGCUGUCCAGCUCUCAGCUCCAGGCAGUGGCUACAGCUGCGCAGCUGGUGCAGCAUGGAGAGAUCUCUGAGGAACAGCUGCAGCAGCACCAGCAGAUCCAGGCUCAGCUGGUGGCAGCAGUGGCUGGCGGGCAGCAGAUCCAGAUCCAGACAGUGGGGGCGCUGUCCCCCCAGCAGCAGCAGCAGGGCUCCCCGCGGGAGGGCGAGAGGCGAGCGGUGGCCACCAGCGGAGUCCUGCAGCCGGCCAAGAAGCGCAAGGUGGACAUGCCCAUCACAGUGUCCUACGCCAUCCCGGGCCAGCAGCUGGCCACCGUGCUGGCCAUCCCACAGGGCGGCCAGCAGCAGAGCUACCUGUCGCUGCGGCCCGACCUGCUGACAGUGGACAGCACGCACCUGUACAGCGCCACGGGCACCAUCACCAGCCCCACGGGCGAGACCUGGACCAUCCCGGUGUACUCGGCGCAGACGCGGGGCGACCUGCAGCAGCAGAACAUCACACACAUCGCCAUCCCGCAGGAGGCCUACGGCGCCGUGCACGUCGCCGGCUCGCCCACCGACGACAAGGACAAGAUGGCGGGCAAGAUCGCCGUCAGCUCUGCGUCCGUCGCCCCCUCCACCGUGGUGGCCUCCACAGCCGCGGCCACGCCCAUCUCGGCCGCCACCCAGGAGGAGGUGGUGCAGACCCUGGCCAACACGCUGUUCCCCGCGCAGUUCAUGAACGGGAACAUCCACAUCCCUGUGGCCGUGCAGGCGGUGGCCGGGGCGUAUCCCAACGCCACGCAGUCUGUACACAUCUGGGACCCCCAGCAGCAGGUGGUCCACACCCAGGGAGGCAGCGGGCAGGAACAGCAGCUGCAGGGUCAGACGGUGCAGGUGGCAGAGGUGGAGUCCCAGCCACAGGCCGCUCCUACCCUGCUGCUGCCCAACACCCUCAAACCUGAAGAGGGUCUGGAGGUGUGGCGCCUCUGGGCACAGGGCAAGAACGCCGAGCUGGAGAAGGAUACCCAGACCAAGCUGGCACCCAUUGGCCGACGGCAGCCCCUGCGUUUCCAGGAGGACCUGGUGUCAUGUGCAGUGGCAGAGCUGAACAUUGGUCUGUCUAUGAUGACCCAGGAAGCUCGUGGGCUGGAAGGAGAACCAUUUGAGGCCGACGUGAUCUACUACGUCUUUCUCUGUAUACAAAAGUACCUGUUUGAGAACGGCCGAGUGGAUGACAUCUUCUCAGACCCGUAUUACACGCGCUUCUCCCAGUGGCUGCACCGGGUGCUGGAUGUCUGGAAGCCUAGUGUACACCCGCUGGGUUAUGUCAUUCCAAGUCACGUGACAGAAGAGAUGCUGUGGGAGUGCAAACAGCUGGGGGCCCACUCUCCCUCCACAUUACUCACCACCCUCAUGUUCUUCAACACCAAGUACUUCCAGCUGAAGACUGUGGAGCAACACAUGAAGGUGGCCUUCUCUAAGAUGCUGCGACACACUAAGAAGAACCCGUCCAACCCCAAGGACAAGAGCACGAGCAUCCGCUACCUGAAGGGUGUGGGGCUGCAGCAUGUGGGGCAGAAAGUGACAGAUGAUAUGUAUGCAGAGCAGGCCGAGCACCCUGAGAACCCUCUGCGCUGCCCCAUCAAGCUCUAUGACUUCUACCUCUUCAAGUGCCCCCAGAGUGUGAAGGGACGGAAUGACACCUUUUAUCUUACGCCUGAGCCUGUUGUGGCCCCCAACAGUCCCAUCUGGUACUCCACCCAACCAAUCACGCGCGAGCAACUGGAGCACAUGCUGACACGCAUCCUCAUGGUGCGAGAGAUCCAAGAGGCCAUCUCCAUGGUAGCAGGGAACAUGCAAUAGGGGAGAGAAGUGGUCUGAGUGAGAGGGGCUGACAUGGACCAUUCAUUCUUUCUCUUUUUCUCUCUCUCCCCUGCUGUCCCCCAAACAUCUUUUUGUCUUCUCCAGAGAGAAACCGAGGAGACAGACAUAUAUACACGUAUACAUUACCCUCCGAACUGCCAAGCGCCAAAUUAGCUUCUCUCACUGAGAAACACAAAGAACAGUUCUUUUUGGUUUUUUCCAAGUUGUAUCUUUUUUUAAAAUAAUAAAUUCUUAUAUUUUCUUUAGUUUUACAAGCAAGCCUUGUCAGAGAGUACUUGGGGGUAACAUGCUCUGCCAGGAGUGCAGGGCCUGUAUAAACCCAGCCCGUCUGCAUCCUUCAGGGAGAGUCGAGGGGCACUUACCUGAAAAUUUGCUGUUUGAUUAUUUUUUCCCCUUCCAAAAUUGUCCUCGUUUAUUAAUUUAACAUGGAGACUUGUUGACUGACCACAGUAUGAGCAAAGCUCGGUGUCUCUGUCCUACUCUAAGACCUUCUUACCUUCUCUGGUUUUUCUUUCUCUGGCUUCUUGCUCCUUACCUUCCCCUCUCCCUAUCCCGUGCUAUCAACUUUCUUCUUUUCAUCCUCUCUUUCUUUGUCUCUACCCUUUUCUUUCCAUUUCUGAAGACCACACCGUCGUACCAGGCUACAGAGGAAGGAGAACCCAGCCAAGUGUGCCUGGCUCUGCCCACACAGAUAGGUGGACAAACGGGAGUAUGGUCCCAGGUGGGGCAGAAAUCCUGUUUAAGCGCUAGUGAGCUGAAUGGAACUGUUGAGAAAAGGGAAUGGUGCUCUCAAGGAUCUCUUUGGCUAGAGCAAGGACAGUGGCUUCAGUUCAAGAACUUUUUUGGGUACAAGAAAUGGACAGUCACAUCUGCGGAAAACACUAGGGGGGCACUGUCUUUCACUUGUGAUCAUUUAUACAAGAAAAAUUUAAAAAUGAUAUGAAAUCUAAGGACUCACUGCAGUUUUUCCCCUGUUCCCAACUGGCCCAGCACCCUGCCAAGAGCCUGCGACAUCCCAGAAGCCAGUCUGGCAAUGGGCUGGGCUGCCGAACUGCAUUGUAACAUAAACACACUUGUAUUAUAUAUGAUAAAAAAACACACAAGACCACUCUUUUUUUUUUUUCCUUGUUUUUAUUUUUUCCAUCUAUAUCUAUUGUAUGUAUUGGUAUUGUAGUCGUUUAUGGAGAAUGGCGACGCACGUGCUUUCAAACAUGCCUUUUGUACAGUGAGCCCCUU